AUGUCCGCACCAAAGAUCAUCCUCUACACCAACCGCACCUGCCCAUGGGCUCACCGGGCCCAUAUCGCCCUAAAGGAAUCCGGCCUUGAAUACGAAGAGGUCACCAUUGACCUCGAUACUCCCCGCGAGCCCUGGUAUCUAAAAGUGAACCCACGCGGUCUAGUCCCAAGUAUCUCAUACAACGGAGACAUAAUCACCGAGUCUGGCAUCGUGGCCCAGUUCAUCGCAGACGCUCACCCCUCCCACCUCCUCCCACCAUCAGGCCCAGUCGAGAACGCCCUCUAUCGUGCCCGCGUAAACUUCUUUGUCGACGCCUUCCAAAGCAAGGUCGUCCCAAAUCUUUUCGCCGGUCUCCGCGCAACCUCAGAGGCAGACCGUGAUGCCGCAGCCGAGCAACUGGUCGCAGCAGCUGUGAAAGAGGUUGAGCCGCUUCUAGCCGAUACUGAGGGCAAGGGUCCUUUCUUUGGAGGUAGUAAGAAACUCACUUUGGCCGAGGUCCAAACUGGCUCUUUCUUGCUUCGUCUCUUUGGCUUUGCUGAGCACGGGCUUGUCAGUGCGAAGAUUCCUCAGCUUCUAGAGGAACAAGCUCCUAGAUUCAAUCGCUGGGCUAAGGCUACUAUUGCCCAUGAUAGCGUCAACUUUAUUUAUGAUUCCAAGUUGGUUGCUGAUCGGACUCGGGCUAAGUUUGCGCCUAAAUAG